UUCCCGAAGCGGAAAAAGGCCGACGCCAGGAGGAAGUUAUUGCAAUCUACGGCCAUCUCUUGCCAUGGCCCGGCCACGGGGAAUGCGAUUCGGCCCGCCCAGUCUUCAAUUCCAGCGUUUCCGGUUAAAAAGGAGAAUGUAAUCGCCCCUCCACCCUAAUCCUCGGAACUUCAGGCAGCAUACAGGCGGAGCCUUGGAGAAACGGAGACGUUGUCAUGAUGUAGCAAAGAGGGCGUCCCCAAGGCGUACGGAAGCGUGGUGGGUGGGAGGGAGAAACGAGGCCGACCGGGCCUUAGCUACCAAUCGGAGCCGGGUGUGCGCUACGUCGCGCGGCCCCACCUGCCCCAUGCUUGUAGAGGGCCCCAUUUUGCCGUACGAGACCCGGAAGUUUAGGGGCGUCGAGGCGCCUGAUUCUUGCGUCACUUCCGACCGGUUCGAUGGCGACUGCAAGCUCAGCGGCAGCGGCCACGGUCGGAGCCCCGGGGGAGGGCGAGGCCGGGGGCGGGGAGAGAGCGGUGGCUGAAGGGACCUCCCCGCCCCCAGGCCGCGCCUCCCCUCCGGCCCCGGCCCGAGGCGAGCCCGAGGUCACCGUGGAGAUCGGAGAAACCUACCUCUGCCGACGGCCGGACAGUACUUGGCACUCAGCAGAAGUGAUUCAGUCUCGUGUGAAUGACCAAGAAGGAAGAGAGGAAUUCUACGUACAUUAUGUGGGUUUUAAUCGUAGGCUGGAUGAAUGGGUGGACAAAAAUCGGCUGGCCUUGACCAAGACAGUGAAGGAAGCUGUACAGAAGAACUCUGAGAAGUACCUAAGUGAGCUGGCAGAGCAGCCUGAGCGCAAGAUCACCCGCAAUCAGAAACGAAAGCAUGAUGAGAUCAACCAUGUGCAGAAGACCUAUGCGGAAAUGGACCCCACAACAGCAGCACUAGAAAAGGAGCACGAGGCGAUUACCAAAGUGAAGUAUGUGGACAAGAUUCACAUUGGAAACUAUGAGAUUGAUGCCUGGUAUUUCUCCCCAUUCCCAGAAGAUUAUGGGAAACAGCCCAAACUUUGGCUCUGCGAAUACUGCCUGAAGUACAUGAAGUUUGAGAAGAGCUACCGUUUCCAUUUGGGGCAGUGCCAGUGGAGACAGCCACCUGGCAAGGAAAUCUACCGAAAGAACAACAUCUCGGUGUAUGAGGUGGAUGGCAAAGACCAUAAGAUUUAUUGCCAGAACCUGUGUCUAUUGGCCAAGCUCUUCCUGGACCACAAGACCCUGUACUUUGAUGUGGAGCCAUUUGUCUUCUACAUCUUGACCGAGGUGGACAGACAGGGAGCCCACAUUGUGGGCUACUUCUCUAAGGAGAAGGAGUCCCCAGAUGGGAAUAAUGUGGCCUGUAUCCUGACUCUCCCCCCAUAUCAGCGUCGAGGUUAUGGCAAGUUCCUCAUUGCCUUCAGUUACGAAUUGUCGAAGUUGGAGAGUACAGUGGGUUCUCCAGAGAAGCCACUGUCAGACCUGGGCAAACUGAGCUAUCGUAGUUACUGGUCCUGGGUUCUGCUGGAGAUCCUGAGGGACUUUCGGGGCACACUGUCCAUCAAAGACCUCAGCCAGAUGACCAGCAUCACACAAAAUGACAUCAUCAGUACUCUGCAGUCACUCAACAUGGUGAAGUACUGGAAGGGCCAGCAUGUCAUCUGUGUCACCCCCAAGCUAGUGGAAGAACACCUUAAGAGCGCCCAGUACAAGAAGCCACCAAUAACAGUGGACUCAGUUUGUCUCAAGUGGGCACCACCCAAACACAAGCAAGUAAAGUUGUCCAAGAAGUGAGAGGCUCCAACCAGCCUGCUGUACCCCCUGCAUCCCUGCCCAGUGGCAGCCUUAGACCUACCUAGGAAGGCUGCCUCUUUUCCCAGUUGUAAAUAUGGAUAGACUUGUCUGCCCGCCUUCAAGCCCUGAAAUAUUUUUUUAAUAAAGAGACUUUAGCUUGUCA